AACUUCCAACGCAACAUGCCUAAAAACUCCGGGCAGUCCGGCUAUAAGUACCCUCUGCACUGCUGCUCCAUCCCCAAGCCAGCCAGCUCUGCCUUCUCCAUCAGCAGCAAGGCCACAAGGAACACAAAGCUCACGCACAAAGCGAGCGGCCAGCGAGAGAGAAAGGAAGCAAGCAGAGGAGCAAUGGAGUACGGGUACCCCUACACCGGUUGCAGCAGCAACAAGGAGAAGAGGCCGCCGCUCAAGAGGGGACAGCUCAAGCUGCAGAUAGCCAAGACCUUGCUGGGCAGCCACGUGGUGCCGGCCGGCGCCACGAACAGGGAUCGCAGCUUCGGGAGAUAAAGCAAGCUUGGGCUCUGUUCUUAAGUGAAGCAAAAUGCAGAGAUUGUACGGUAUGGUGCUUGACGUAGGGAUUGUGCAAACUGAUGAGUUCUUUUUUAAAAAAAAAAUUGGUAGUUGUUGGUGCCAAGUUUUGCCCGAGUUCUCCCCCUUUGCUCACCUCGAGAGUUCUCAGCUCCUGGAAUGCAGCUUAGAGCUCUGUUCUUGAGUGAAGCAAUGUAGAAGAGGUGUACUAUUCCUUGUUUUUUAUGUACGGACUACGAAGUUCUAUUAGUAUGUUGCAACAUGGUUUUGUUGCUAAUUGGUCGGUUAAUUUCAGAACUGCACUGUAGUUGACUCAAUGGAUAUUUAUUCU